CUGUCGCCGCAUCCUGUCAUCGGUACCAUUGACGUCUCUCCCGGAAGAGACAACUUCAGGAUGGCGAGCAGUCAUCAGCCGUCUCGGUUUACGGACCGGUGGGCAUUUCUUGCUCUGACAUGGGAAAUCCUGGGCAAUUCAUACGCCAUGAAAGGAUUACUUACGAAGGAAGAUCUAGACCUGAUGGAAGCGUGCCGGAUCGACUUCAACUGGUGCAGGCCCCUCACGUGGAAAGGCUCUCGAUCAACCUCUGCGUCGAUCAUUGAAGCAAGUUACUCACGGUCUACGCUGAAGAUCUGGAACUCUUUAGCCGCGGGCGAGAAGUACGAUCAAGAACAGCUGAAAAUCGCCAUCAAGGAAUGGCGAGCCAGCGCAGUCAUAACCGUGCCCGAGUUACCUGAGGCGCGAGCUCUGCUAGAGAAUAACGGAUCAUCUCCCCAAGAUGUGAGCAAGGGGAAACGACCUGCUGGAUCUGAAAAUGCCAACGAGAGGUCGGAGAAGCGUGCCAGAAUUGGUGUUCAGGAGAACGCAUCGGAGGACGGAACACACAAACAACCCAGCGUACAAAUCAAGGGUAUUCGCACGUUGAUCACGCCCCAAAUCAUGGCGUCGAUUGAGCCUUCUGCAGUCUCGAUAGCCGAAGAUCGGACGAAGAACCUGGGGUUUGUGUCGAUCCAGACAGUGGCAUCUAUCGAACCGUCCGAGUACCCUGAGCCCGAAGUUCGGCCAACGGGCCAGAGCAUGGCGCCAGAGUCCCAGUCAUCAGACGAGCCGGCAGCAAUUGAGAGGAAUCUCGACACGUCAGAACAAAAUGCGCAAAUCCCAGCGCAAAAUGCUGAAGCAGAUCUCAAAGGGGGUCUCGAAGGGAUUUGGAAGCAGAAGUCGAUGCGGGCCGACACGAAGAAGAUGAAGAAAAUUGUCAAGAAGUUGGCGAAGCUCGAGAAGACGGUCGGCAAGCUCAAGGGCUGA